UGGCAGGGGGAAGACCCAUGAUAUGCAAACACAUGGAGUUUAAUAGCUAGACCUAUCAAGUUACUCUAUCUCUGGCUAGACUCACUGUUUCAACUGCAAGUCAUCAUGGAUAUCAGCCCUCAGGCUCUGGGAGUGGGCUCAGGUAUUGCAGCCAGCACUCUCCUCUGGUGGUUGCUGAGGGGGAAGGUGGAGGAAGCAAACCCUGAUAUGCCUCCCAGCUCUCCUUCUGCUUAUCUCACCCCAGUGGCCAAGGUCUCCAAGCUGUGUGUAUACCCAGUCAAGUCCUGCCAUAGAAUUGAAGUGGACUCUGCCGACGUCUUCAAAAGAGGCCUCCUCUAUGACAGGUGCUGGGUGAUUAUUGACAAGACUGGAUCCUUCUGCAGCCAGCGUAAGCAACCAAGUAUGGCCAAAAUCCAGCCUGAGCUUACUUUCCUUGACGAUGGUCAAGUACAACUUUCCCUCAACGCUCCUGACAUGAGCAAACUGACUCUCCCACAACCACCAGAGGAUGCCCAAACCACACUAGUCAAGGUGUGGGCAAUAAGUGGUGAAGGCGUGGACAUGGGGGAGGAGGCCAGUCAGUGGAUUUCACAGUACUUAGGACUAGACGGCUGUCGGCUGUACUACAUGGCCCCUCGUCACAGGGCCAGGGUCCUCAGGCAGGAUCAACGAUGGGAGGACAUCGCCAGGCAUGGAGAAGAGACAAGCUUCUCUGACUGGUCCCCAGUGCUAAUGGCCUCUGAGGCAUCACUGGAGCUGCUUAACUCUAAACUGGACACUGCUCUACUGAUGGAAAGAUUCCGACCCAACGUUGUUUUGUCAGGAUGUCUACCACAUGCUGAGGACAGCUGGGAAGCAGUGAGAGUUGGUGAUGAGUUAAUUCUGAGGGGGUUGAAAGCUUGUGGUCGCUGUAAGAUGACUCGUGUCCACCAGGAGCAGGGCUACGUCACUGGCGAGGAGCCACUUAAAACUCUCAAAGAGUAUCGUCUUCAUGAAACAGUGUAUAACUGUCCCACUGACUCGAGGUUUGGCCCAUCCCCUCUGUUUGGGUACAGCUUUUCAGUGCUCAAUAGUGGGAGAAUUAAUAUUGAAGACACUCUCUAUGUACAAUCUUAAUAGCGUGUGCAGGCAAGUUAGGAUUAUCGACGAAUAACUCCAUAAAGUUGUGCAUAUCCAAUGAUGGUGGUUUUAUAAUGGAUCAGAUCAAUUUGUGACAAAAGA